GCUUGCAGGUGAUCUUGUUCACAACGGCCGGCGCACGAAAUCGAGGAGAUACGAAGUUUACGAAUCGUCUGGCCCUGGCUAUGGAACCGGUUGUCGUGAAGCAGACAUUUGCAUUAUCGAGAACAGCGUGAUAACCGAGGACUAGCUAGCAUGGCUGAGAACGAUAAAGUAGCUGCGGGCAACGUGUGUGAAGCAAAGAUUCAGUUUCGUGAACUGAAAUUAUUUCCAGCUAUCGAUGAAAAUAGUAAUUUCAAAAUCAAUACAGCCCAAUUCCUAGAAUCAUCACACCAAAUAGUGGACGCAAUCGGUGGCUGCGGUAUGCUUUUAUCGCGGAUCGUUAAAGAUAUGCGACAGAAUGUAAAGAAAGUGGAAGACAAAUUCAAAACCAAUGAGACACUGUUUGCGCACAUCGAAGAUCUAGUGCUUAAGGAUGCGGAAGGCAACGAAAAUCCCUACGACACGGUGACCGAUGGGUUGCUGUGGUUGAAAAGGGCAUUCGAACUGGUGGAACUGUUCUUCCGCAAUGUGCUGGAAGAUGAAACGUGCAACGAGCAGUUGAAAUCGCACCUACGAAAGGCCUACGAGGAGUGUUUGCUGCCGUAUCAUGGGUUUUUGGCGCAGAAACUAUUUGAGAACCUUCACAGUUUCGUUCCUAGUCGGACAAGCCUGCUGGGACCGUCGCAUGGCAACGCGGACAACGUGGAGGCGCUUGAUGAGUUUCUUGUACACUUUCGCGCCAACCUACAGCACUUGAACGAGUUUUACACCAAACAUGACCUACACCGUAUUUAUAAAGGAUAGGAAGGCAGCACAGCGAAUAACUCGUUUUCAAAAAGAGAAUUGCUAUACCCUCAAAAUUUUUAGCAAACAUUCUCACUUUUCUUAGGUGCUUAUUCCGGUGAGACGUUAGUUGACGCCUCAGUCGUGUUCGACGAUUUUUUCUGGUUCGUCGAUUAUUUUCCCGAACAAAACCAAAAUGAACCAAAAUUAACUUGACCCCUGAGGCGUUAGGUCCAACGGUUUUGGUUCAUUUUCGAGUUUAUUAUCGCCUGAGGAAAUCACCCAGGCGAUCGCUUUUUUGCUGGUGAGAGCAGGCGUUUUGUUCGGGAAAAUAAUCGACGAAAAAACGAGAAAAAAAUUGGGCAAAACGGAAGAAUAGCCCCCGUGAACUUUUUAUCGUUUUUUUCGGGCGAAAGUUCAUUUUAAUUAUCGCCGACUUUUCAACCCACCCUUGUAUACGUUCCUACAACGAUAAAAUUCAACAUGACAGAAAGAGAUGUAGCUAGAAAAGAAAGAGAAAGGGCUCACUUAUCGAUCAGCUGUUUCGUCCCAAACGUACUAAAUGUAUGAACGGCAUAGCGCAUGCUUAAACCA